AGAUAAAAGUCCCCAUUUGUACCUGCUGCUGUGCUGUGUGGGCCGGCCCAGCCAGCAGAGCCUGCUCUUCAUUAAGCUAGGUUUAUGAACCACGAUGGGAUCUCCUUUGUCCCUCCCCCUCCUCUUGUCUGCCUGGCUGCCCGCUACCAGCAACGCUGCGACGGUCAAAGGAUUCACACUUGCGGCGCUCAGAGGACCGGCAGCCGGCGGCUCUCCAGCCCGUCAAUCCGUACGCGACAAGAGUAGUGAUGGUUCACAUGGGCAGAAUGCGCCAGCAUCCUUGAAGAUAAACUAAAGGCUGUGGACGAUACCUGAUCAUCCUUUGAUUGCUGUACGUACAACUGGUGCCAUGGUUGGUCUAAUAGCUAAAGUUACACUGCUGAGGUGUACUUUUCUCUUUCUCUACAUGAGUGUCUGCUUUUGCCAGCGUGACUGCACCGGCGUGAACUGCCCCCAGCUGGACAACUGCAUCCAAGAAGUGCUGGAGAGUGGCAGCUGUUGCGCUUCAUGCCUGCAAAAAGGAUGCACAUGUGAGGGUUACCAGUACUAUGAUUGCCUCAAUUCUGGAUUCAAGAAUGGCAAGGUGGGCGAGGGAGAGUCUUACUUUGUUGACUACGGCAGCACAGAGUGCUCCUGCCCCAUGGGAGGGGGCCGGAUCAGCUGCAACUUCAUCAGCUGUCCUGAUAUGCCUCCGAACUGCAUCGAGGUUUCAGAGCCUGCGGACGGUUGCGUGCAGUGCGAACGCGUCGGAUGCGUCCAUGGCGAGCAAAAGUACGAGGCCGGACACUCCUUCCACGUUGAUCCCUGCCGGGUCUGCCACUGCCCCAACGAAGGAGGGAAUCUAAUGUGCUACCCUGUGCCAGAUUGUGACCCGCACAAGGUCCAUAAACCAAUGUUGGCUGCACCAACAGGGGAGGACGCAGCCAGCAUGGGCAAAAGUUACCCCGACAGGUUUGACCAACAUGGGCCAAUGGAUCAAUUCUCCACACCACAUCACCUUCCUCCUAUUGGGAAUCUUCCUCUCUUCAAAUCGCCGCCUUUGGAUAAGGAGGAGCCAGAAGAUUAUGAUUACGGUCCUACAGACUUUCCAGAGACCUACCCUCAAUCUUUGGUCUUCCCCACCAAGUCGUCCUCAUUUAAUAAGAUCAUCUCUUUGUCCCGAGGUUCGGACAGACCUGACAGAACUUCUGCCCUUCAGAGCUUUGACGGACAAAGCAAGCUGGAGCUGAGAGAGCAAUAUGGAGUUCAUGACCAUUCGGCAGACAAAGAGGAAGUGACAGAAAGUCCCCUGAGACUAGAGCAGAGUACUAUCAGGCCACAUUUGCACAAGGAUGCCACUACUUCUUGGCAGCCCUCACAGGGUCCAACAAGUGCGCAAAGUGUCUCAUUCAUUGAUCUGACAACACAGAAAGAUGUGGAGAAGCCAUCGCAUGCACCGGAAACUUCCGACAGGAUCAUAAUUCCACUGAAACGAGGAUUUGGGAGUGAAAAACACCCAGAGUAUCCACAUAUGAGUGAGGGAGGUACAGACAGUCAAACCAAUCAGCAGAGACAAUCAGAAAGAGUGAAUUUCCAGCUGAACAUACUGAAAAGCCCAGAGGGCCCAAUCCAUUCCCAGGCAAGUUCAAAUAGCCACAAAGAAUCACAGGGGACGGUCACACAAGACAGUGAGGAAGGGAUGGAUGAAGAAGAGAUUAUAGAGGAGGAGGAGGAGGAGGAGGAUGAAGAAAUAGUAACAUUUCAUAGUGUCACUGAGCCUGAAAGAAGUGAUGUUCCCUACACGAUAAAGUUAGAGUUAGCACAACAGCCAGAGAGCAGCAAUCCAACCAGCAGCUAUGAAAAGAGCACACCCGAGCCCAGCACCAGCUCCCCCAGGAGGCCUGAGUACCUGACAACCCCCAUGGUCCAUUAUAUAAGCACUACCCAGCCGCCAGUAAGGGUCAAGCUGAAUGAGAGUGAGUCCAGCAGAAAGCCAGGUCAGAGGCUGGUUAACCUUCACAGUGAAGACCAGGAAGAGGUGACGGAGGAAGAGGAGGAGGAGAGGAAAGAUCGCCCUGGUUUGCUUUUCAAACCUGAUGGAGGUCCAGGUGUCUCUGCUGAAGACCUGCUGCAGAGCUGCUGUGCUGCUGGCCAGAAAUGGGCCACAGAAAACCACCACUGCAACCACAUGCCACUGCUGAACAAUGACAAGCACUCCAUAUGCAAUGUUGCAGGGAAGCAGUGCUGUCUCAGCUCUAUAAAGGAGAGCCGGUGUGAAUCAGGUAUGACUUCAGCCAGAGGAGGGGACACCUGUGAAGUGGAGGAGGACCAGUGCACAGAUGACUCCUACCAGGUGUGCUGCAGCUGCUGUGCCCUUGGCUUACGGGCGCGCAGUGAAGGAUGGGGUUGUGAUGUCCACCAGUACCUGGGAUACCCGUGUGGACACGUCUUCCUCACCUGCUGCCAGGGGGAGGAAGGUCUAAGCCUGCUGAGAAGAAAGCAGAAGCCCAGACCAACUUCUAUGCCAAGAAAAGUCUCCGACAGCAAGUUCCCCAGCGAGGCCUUCUCCAUCAGUGCCACAGAAGAAGCUGCCAACGCAGUGGAGGAGCAGGGGGAUGUGGAUGAGUGUCAGCUCUACCCGGGCCAGCUGUGCCAGCACACAUGCACCAACAUCUGGGGCUCCUACCGCUGUGGCUGCAACCAGGGCUACAUCCUGCAACAGGACGGAAGCUCCUGUGCACCAGUGAGUCAAGACGAGGACAACAGAGUCCGAGAGCACAGUCCUGCUAGCACCACACCCAGCGCAACCACCAGCAGCCCUGCCCGCCUCAAUCCAUGUGCAGAAAACGGUCCUUGCAGUCAGCAGUGUACGGCGGUGGCCGGCCGGACUCGCUGCUCCUGCUUCCCAGGGUUUUCGCUGAUGACAGACGGACGCAUGUGUGAAGAUGUGGAUGAGUGUGCAACCAACACCCAUAGCUGUCGGCCCAGCGAGCAGUGUGUGAACACAGUGGGUUCAUUUAUAUGCGAGCUGCAGGUCACUUGUCCUGCCGGCUUCCAGCUGAGGAACAGUGUUUGCAAGGACAUUGAUGAAUGUGUUCUGCAAACCCAUAACUGUGGUAUGGGCUUUGUGUGUGAGAACACAGCGGGCUCUUUCCUGUGUAAUCCCAAACACAAGUGCAUCAGUGGCUUCACACAGGACUCCCAUGGCAACUGUAUCGACAUAAAUGAGUGCAGCAGCCUGAGUGAGCCGUGCGGCUCUGGCUUUAACUGCAUCAACACCGUGGGCUCCUACACCUGCCAGCAGAAGAUCAUAAUGUGUAACCCCGGCUACCAUGUUAGCCCUGAUGGAGCCAUGUGUGUCGACACUGAUGAGUGUCAGAUGGGGACGCACCGCUGUGGAGUGGGCCAGAUCUGUCACAACCUCCCUGGCACCUACCGCUGUGACUGUCAGACGGGCUACCAGUAUGACGCCCUCCGCAAAGUCUGCAGCGAUGUAAAUGAGUGCUGGCGCUAUCCUGGCAGGCUGUGUGCCCAGACCUGUGAAAACACCCCAGGCUCCUACCACUGCUCAUGCACAGCCGGCUUCUCCCUAGCAUUUGAUGGCAAGAACUGUGAAGAUGUAAAUGAAUGUGACAAAAACCCGUGUGGCCAGGAGUGCGCCAACAUCUACAGCUCAUACCAAUGCUACUGUCGCCAAGGCUACUACCUGAAAGAGGACGGACACACCUGUGAAGAUAUUGAUGAGUGCUCCCAGAGCAUCGGGAACCUUUGUACCUUCAAGUGUGUGAACGUUGCUGGCAGCUACCAGUGUGCCUGUCCUGCUAAUGGAUACGUCAUGUCGGCCAAUGGACGCACCUGCAAAGAUAUUGACGAGUGCACAACUGCCGCCCACAACUGUUCAUAUGGACAGACCUGCUAUAACCUCCAGGGAGGCUUCAGAUGUCUCUCCUUUGCCUGCCCUCACAACUACAAGAAGGUGUCAGACAUACGAUGUGAGCGGAUCAGCUGUCCCAGCAACUCCUUAGACUGUCAGAACUCUCCUGUACGCAUCACGUACUACCAGCUCAGCUUCCAGACCAACAUCAUCAUUCCUGCCCAGAUUUUCCGAAUCGGACCAUCCCCCGCCUACUCUGGCGACCACAUUGUCAUCGGCAUCAUCAAAGGCAACGAGGAGGGCUACUUCAGCACCAGAAAGCUGAACAGCUUCACCGGGGCUGUGUACCUGCAGAGACAGGUCCGCGAGCCCAAAGACUUCCUGAUAGACGUGGAGAUGAAGCUGCUGAGGCAGGGGACGUUCACCUCGUUCCUUGCCAGGAUCUAUGUCUUCAUCACAUCCAGUGCUGUGUAACACCAAGGCCAAACAGACAGAGAGAGGGACUGGGAACUUCAUAUGGUGCUCAACUUUUAUAUGUGCGGACUCUUUUUGUAAUGCCUCCCCAAAAUCAAAAGAAAUUCUUGUAGAAUGUUGCCAAAGACCUUACGCCAAAAACACACCGGCCGCGGAAGCGCUGCGAAGCGACGCAAAGCAGCGCCAUUUUCAUUUCGACGCCCAUGUUAUCCAACCUGUUGUUCGCACCGCUUGCGAUUUAGGAGAGAAGCGUCUAUUCUUUCGCCAUCUCUUCUAUUUCUUCCACAAGCUGUUAAGCGAAUGUGUCAAGCUAGGUAGGUUAUCAAACACAGGCUAUCCACAGCGCAGCCGGAUACUUUACAAAAUAAAACACAUUUCAAAAUAAAACGCCCAGUUUUUUGGGGACGUUGGCUGUCUUAACUUCUCAGCUGUGUCUAGAGCGAGACAGGCGAUUAGGCAUGCAGAGAGAAAGAGACAGACAGACAGAUGGGGAGAAAGACAGAGAGAGAGGGAGACAUUCUGUAAAGUGGAGAGGAUUUGGUCUGGUGUGAACAGACAGGCGCACGAAUCUAGGCUUCGCAGCGAUUCGCAGGUUGUGUGUCUCUGACGUUACUGUUUGCUUGUCUUUCUCAGAUUAUCUUGCUUGUUUCUUCAGAUCUUCUAUGACAAUCAUACUUCCCGAGAAGCCUUGUAUUUACAGCAUUUAAAGUAUUUUAUCAGCUAAUUAUAAGCUUAUUUGCGUAUGUAAUUUAGCUUUUCUGCAGCACCAGUGUUAGGGUCUGCUCAAGCUGGUCACUGCACAAGUCUGGCUCGGUGUUUUAUGUGCUGCUCUGCUCUCUUUAACAAUUGCUCUUUAACCUCCUCUACCCUGUAAAUGUUAUUUUUUAUGAGAGUUAUUCAUGGAAGUCUGAAAAAAACUAAUAAACCUUUGCACCACUUGAAGUUAAAGGCACUUGUCAGCUGUGGAGGCCCAACACUGACUAGUCAAAAUCACAACGGAAUACAUGAAUUAGUUAAACAGUUGAAAAUAGAGUGUAAAAAUAAAUAAUGAAUCAU